AUACUAAAACAACGGCGCUUCCUUCCAGCUGCGGAUCAGACAUAAUUCAUCUAAUUUCUCUUCUUUCAACUGUUUUCUAUUUUUCUUUAGCUUCUUCUUUGUAUUCAUAAAAGGGAAAUAAAUAAUAGAACGGGUAUUCUUGUUGUGUUUUGGUGGGUGCUUGAGUUGUGUUUCGCCGCCCGCCUGUUGUUUUGUAUCAGCGCUUUAAGCGGAGCGGGUUGGCCGGGUUUUAUUUGCUGGUUUUGUUUUUAAUAUUUAUCAUUUGUCUUUGGAGUUUGUGGGUUUUGUUUUUUUUUUUUUUCGUUUUUGCUUUUGGGUUUUAAAAUAAACAGCCGCUGAACUGGGGCUCUACAUGUGUUGUGUACAAAUUAUUGCUUUAUCAAUGGCUUUAAGUGAUGAACUUUACUGUGAAAUAUGAAAACCAGUCUUGAAUUUGUUCAAUACGUCUCUGCAUGUCGAAGAAAAGAUAAGAUCUGAAGGAAAUGAGAAUUGAAGAUUGGGAUGUUGAUAAUGCUUUAUUUGUUUGUUGGUUUGCGAGGUUGUGAAAGAUUGAGGAUAAACUGUUGAAAAUGGACUGAAGACGCUGGCAGUCCAGUUUUGGAUGCAAUGUUAAAGGCAUUAGCUACUGGGCUGUUGAUUUUUUCACUCCUAAUAUCGGUAUCUGUGGCUGACAACGGCUUUCCGAGAUGUAAUUGCGAUGAUGAAGGGAGUUUUUGGAGCAUUGAAAGCAUCCUUGAGUGUCAAAAAGUGAGUGAUUUCUUGAUUGCUGUGGCCUACUUUUCAAUUCCGGUUGAGCUGCUUUACUUUGUUAGCUGUUCAAACGUACCAUUCAAAUGGGUCCUCUUUCAGUUCAUUGCCUUCAUUGUUCUAUGUGGAAUGACUCACUUGCUCAAUGGCUGGACCUAUGGACCUCACCCAUUUCAGUUAAUGUUGGCCCUUACCGUGUUCAAGAUCCUCACUGCCUUGGUCUCAUGUGCCACAGCUAUAACUCUCAUUACUCUCAUUCCAUUGCUUCUCAAAGUGAAAGUUAGAGAAUUCAUGCUGAAGAAAAAGGCUUGGGACCUCGGUCGAGAAGUUGGGAUUAUAAUGAAACAGAGAGAGACUGGAUUGCAUGUUCGUAUGCUUACACAAGAGAUUCGCAAAUCUCUUAAUAGGCACACAAUCCUAGAUACAACUUUAGUUGAGUUAUCCAAAACUCUGGGUUUGCAGAAUUGUGCAGUUUGGAUGCCUAAUGAGAUCAAAACUGAGAUGAAUUUGACCCAUGAGUUGAAUGGUAGGAACUACUUGGAUUUGUGUAAUUGUUCUAUACCGAUUACAGAUCCAGAUGUUAAGAGAAUUAAGGGUAGUGAUGGUGUGACUAUCCUUGAGCCUAGCUCAGCACUUGCCACCGCAAGUAGUGUAGAGUCUUGUGAACCAGGUCCUGUGGCUGCAAUUAGGAUGCCUAUGCUCCGGGUUUCAAAUUUUAAAGGGGGAACUCCAGAGCCAUUCCAAGCGUGUUAUGCAAUAUUGGUUUUGGUUCUUCCAAGUGGACAACCUAGAACUUGGAGCAAUCAGGAACUAGAGAUUGUUAAGGUGGUUGCUGAUCAGGUAGCUGUAGCACUCUCUCAUGCUGCAGUGCUUGAAGAGUCUCAGCUCAUGAGGGAGCAAUUGGAGGAGCAGAAUCGAGCUUUACAACAGGCACAGAAAGAUGCUAUGAUGGCAAGCAAGGCUAGAAAUGCAUUUCAGAAGGUAAUGGGUGAUGGGAUGAGGAGGCCAAUGCACUCAAUUCUGGGUUUGCUUUCGAUUAUGCAGGAUGGAGAGAUGAAUAAUGACCAAAAGAUGAUUAUCAAUACAAUGAUGAAAAUCAGCAAUGUUCUUUCGACUUUGAUAAAUGAUGUGAUGGACAUUUCAACGAAGGAUGGUGGAAGGUUCCCACUUGAUAUUAGAACUUUCCGGUUACAUGCCAUGAUAAAAGAGGUGGCUUGUCUUGCCAGGUGCUUGUGUAUUUAUAGGGGCUUUGGUUUUUCAAUUGAGGUUGAGAGGUCCUUGCCUGAUCAUGUCAUGGGUGAUGAGAAGAGAGCUUUUCAGGUGAUUUUGCAUAUGGUUGGGAACCUAUUAAAUGGCAACAAUAGAGGAGGGACUAUAAUGCUUCGAGUUGUCUCAGAUGGUGAAAGUCAGGAGAGGAAUGAUCAAAGAUGGGCAGUCUGGAGACAAACCUCAUCUGACAGGGAUGUAUAUGUCAAAUUUGAAAUUGGGAUGCACAAUGUUGGUUCUCAAUCUGAGUGCUCUUCUUCAGAGGGACAGCUUUGUGCUAGAAGAAGUGCCAGUGAUGGAAUUGAGGACCGUUUGAGCUUCAGCAAUUGCAAAAAGCUAGUGCAGUUGAUGCAAGGGAACAUCUGGGCUGUCCCAGAUUCUUGUGGUUUUACUCAAAGCAUGGGGCUUGUUCUUCGGUUUCAACUACGGCCAUCCAUUGCAAUAGCCAUCUCUGAAUCUGGCGAAUCUUCAGAGCAUCCACAAUCCAAUUCUCUUUUAAGAAGCUUGCAGGUUUUAUUAGCAGACAGUGAUGAUGUGAAUAGGGCUGUGACCCGGAAGCUGCUUGAGAAGUUAGGUUGCAAUGUAUCUGCUGUUUCAUCUGGAUUUGAAUGCCUUAGUGCCAUUGGCCCAACCACAUGUUCAUUCCAAAUUGUUAUUUUGGAUCUUCAGAUGCCUGAGUUGGAUGGAUUUGAAGUUGCAUUGAGAAUUCGGAAAUUCCAGAGUCCUAGUUGGCCAUUGAUUGUGGCCUUGACAGCAAGUGCUGAUGAAGAUUUGCGGGAAAAAUGCAUGCAGGUUGGCAUGCAUGGUGUCAUUCGAAAACCAGUUUUGCUGCAAGGAAUUGACAAUGAGCUUCGAAGAGUCUUGCUGCGGGCAAACGAAGUGUAAGUUACCAUAUUGCAGCUAUCUUUGAAUCUAUUCUGGUGACAAUCUCAAUGAAAUUAGCACUGGCACGAUUUUGCCUCCCCCUAAAAACCCACCAUGUCCCAAGCACGCAAAUGUUACAUACAGUACAUUCACAGUAAGAAAGUAUACAAGUUUAGCUCUUUUUCUCUUUAUGCGGAGUUUAGAUGAAAGCCAUGAACAUAACAUUAAAGAUUUUUCUCUUUUUAUACAAACACUAGACUAAAGCUGACCCAUUUGUGUAAAUGGGUCGAAUUCGCAUUGUCUUCUUGUAACACCGUUCAGAAGUCACUCGACGCAAACACACUUCUUAUGAGAUUCAAGAUGGAGACAAAGUUCAAGGGUUUGCUCCCUGAAGGUGAAUUUUGUACACAAGACGUAGUUUUAUUUACAAUAAAACUAUGCAUGUUAACUUUAAAUGCGUAAAUAAGUAUAUUUGUAAAUAAGUAUAUUUGAUAAAUAUUAUCAAAUGAUUGAAUGAUUUUAAAUUAAAAAUAUUAUAGUAUUUUUUAUGUA